CUCGAUUGAAUGCACCCACCUUAGUUGAUGACGAAAACAAGACACGAGUCAAAGUGACACCUAUCCAUUCUUUCUUCGUGUCAGCCGACUUUUCUCUCUCACCGGAUCUGUCCAAACUACAUGACGAACGCAGUGACACCAUCGUCCCUCACCGUCGAUGGGCCCAACCACCUACGCGUCACCUCCUCAUUCGCACAAUCCACCCCUCGCACUUUUUGUUGUUUUACAGUUUGCACAGAAAGCGAGAGAAAAUUCAGGGCUGCGGUCAAUACUCAGUUUCUCAAUACCCCAGGAACAACCUCGAAUCAAAGCCUUCUUAUCCAAGCAACUCAUUCUCUCUCAUGCUCGUUCCACGAAGCCACGUUUUCAACUUGUUCCAGAUUCAAUCCUCCACGUGCUCCCCUCCGUGUUUAUAUAUAUCUCUCUCGGUUGUUAAUCAUAUAGCUGCUGAAGAAGAAGAACGAGAACCAGAACCAGAAGCAGGAGAUUUGAAGAAAAAAGGAAGACCAAUUGAGGUUUAGAAGAAGUGAUUACUGUUUACUGAUUAAUCAUUCUGUGAAAGAUCUCUUGUGAGAAUGACUUGCGAUAAUUUGGAGUUGCCGCCGGGGUUCAGAUUCCAUCCGACGGACGACGAACUGGUUAUGCAUUACCUAUGUCGAAAAUGCGCAUCUCAACCGAUUUAUGUUCCGAUUAUAGCAGAGAUUGAUCUGUAUAAGUUCGAUCCAUGGCAGCUUCCUGAUAUGGCUUUGUAUGGAGAAAAGGAGUGGUACUUCUUCUCACCUAGAGACAGGAAAUAUCCCAACGGAUCACGUCCCAAUAGAGCCGCCGGAACUGGUUAUUGGAAAGCCACCGGAGCCGAUAAGCCAAUCGGAAAACCAAAGCCGGUUGGGAUCAAGAAAGCGUUGGUGUUCUACGCCGGAAAAGCUCCCAGAGGUGUGAAAACCAAUUGGAUAAUGCACGAAUAUCGUCUCGCCAACGUCGAUCGCUCCGCCGGAAAACGAAACAACAAUCUCAGGUUAGAUGAUUGGGUACUUUGUCGAAUCUACAACAAGAAAGGUACUCUCGAAAAGCACUAUGUGAACGAUAAUCAAUUUUCCGACAUGGAAGUGGAAACGAAACCCAAAAUUACACCGUAUACCCCUACUCCACCACCGCUACAACCACCGUCGACAACCGUACCCCAUCACGUCACGAACGACGUAUUUCACUUUGACACAUCCGAAUCGGUUCCCACUUUACAUACGGAUUCAAGCCCUGAACACGAAAGGGAGGUAGAAAGUGACCCAAAAAGAAGAAAUGAUUUCCAAUUCAAUUACAUAGACCCGUUUCAAGAUGACGCUUUUACCCCUACACCAUCGCAAUAUUACAAUGACUAUCAACUCUCUCCUUUACAAGACAUGUUCAUGUACACACCCAAGCCCUUCCAGAUGUGAGAAGAUUUCAUGAGUUCACCAUGUGCACUUGAUGACAGUAUUUUGUACUGUUGUUUAAGCGUAAAGUACAUAUCGAGAAAUUUGGGCCAAAGUUGAAGAUUCUAUGUAUGUAUGUAUAUCAAGUAGAAAUGGCCCAUUCUUGAAUUGGGAUAAGACAAGUUGAAGGGUAUAAUGGGUACAAUUUUGUGUGGGCAAAUGGGGCAAGUUGUUGGAAGCACAAAUGGUUGAUUUGGGGGGACACCUAAUGGGUAGAGUAGUAGUAGAAUGGGCAAAUUGCCAUAGAUGCAAGAAUUCUUGGUCGUGGCAUAGUUUUGCCCAAAUGUAGAACACAUUCAUUUCCUUUUUAGACUUGUAAUUUGAU